AUGCAGCAAGUAGGUGAUCAUCACUACCAAAAUGGAAGUGUAUACAGAAAAGAUCUUCUUCACAGUAACAAUGGAGUGACGAUUCCGAAUGGUGGCUACGAGAAACGAACAGUCACAGAUCAUAGGAAACAACUACCAGACAUGACAUCAACAACAUCGGCUAGAAUGUCUCUGUCUUCGAGUUCACUCAGGUUUGACCGAUUUACCCUUCGUGAUCACGGUAAUUACGGUGAGGGCAUUAACGUCAAUUCCCAUGGACGGAAGACUCUUCCACUUUUUCCACUUCAGCCAUUGGAUGCCGCUAGUGACGACGGUGUUGGAGAUUCCAGUUGUGUCCCUGGUCAUGAUUCGCCGGUGACCGGUUUCGGCGAUGGUGGUGGACGGGAGCAGCCGUUUAUAGAUUUCUUUUCUGGUGGUUCUGCUAGGUUCGAUAGUAGUGGAAACGGGUUGUAA